UCUACAAAGCUUUCUCCUGAAAAUCUUUGCUUCCCAGUCGUGUCAACCUUCUGGGAGAAGUGGCUGCCUUCCUUUGCCUGAAACAGUGAGCAGAUAACCACUUCCUUUUAGCUGCCAAUUGUCGGCUGUAGAAAAAGGCCAGAACUAAAGUGAUAACAUGGCUGUGAUUCAAACAGGAACAUUCCGGAUGGUCUCUGAGGAGGAACAGGCUUUGCGUACCAAACUUGAGCAUCUUACCACGAACGAUCAUGGGCCUGUGUUUGGGAAAUGUGAGACACUGCCCCUCCACACACAGCAGAAGGCGAAAGAUGAACUGAAUGAGACAGAGGAGAAACGAGUGAUAUGUGUGAAAGAGCUUCAGAAACAUGUCCUCGAUUCUGCUGACACUGGAGAGGAGAUUUGCAAAACUGUGCUUGAAAAGACAAAAGACAAAGAUGACUCUUUCUUCCUACGAUUUGUUAGAGCAAGAAAGUAUGAUGUGAAAAGGGCAUAUGAUCUUCUCAAAGGCUACGUGCGCUUUCGGGAGCAAUAUCCUGAGCUCUUUGAAAAUCUAACACUUGAAGCUGUACGUAGCACCAUCGAGGCAGGUUACCCAGGCAUUCUUCCGAAUCGAGACAAGUAUGGACGUGUUGUGCUGCUCUUUAACAUCGAGAACUGGGAUUACGAGGAAAUCACUUUCGAUGAGAUCCUUCGAGCUUACUGUGUCAUCCUGGAGAAGCUUCUGGAGAACGAGGAGACGCAGAUUAAUGGCUUUUGCAUCAUUGAAAACUUUAGGGGAUUUACAAUGCAACAAGCAUCUGGCAUCAAAGCCUCAGAGCUGAAGAAAAUGGUAGACAUGCUUCAGGACUCUUUCCCUGCCCGGUUCAAAGCUGUGUAUUUCAUCCAUCAGCCUUGGUAUUUCACCACAACCUACAGCAUGGUCAAGCCUUUUUUGAAAAACAAACUUCUGGAGAGGGUUUAUAUCUAUGGUGAGGAACUGGAAGCCUUUUUCAAAGAGAUCGAUGCUGAUAUUCUCCCAGAAGAUUUUGGAGGUAAUCAACCCAAAUAUGACGGCAAAACGGUGGCUAAUGAAAUCCUUGGUCCGAGUACUGAGUCAGAAGAUACAGCCCUUUAGUUACACAUACAUAGGGUUGAAGAAAGCCUCAGAUAGCGAGGGCACAGUCUACUUAUCAUGUUAUACUUUAACGUUUUUUUAAGUUGUCUACUUAAAACAUUGCACAAAACAGACUGAAUUUUCUCCAUGAUUCUUUUAUGUAAUUUUUUUUGAUGGCAGGUCCAAGCCGCAACUAAACCAUUGCCUCUUUUCUUGUUCAAUGCAAAAUUAGCAAUAAAGGGUCUUUUUUUAAUGAAAA